AUGCCAGAGCCUACGAGAGUCCGCAAAAUUGCCGUUGUUGGUUCGCGGGCGGUUGGAAAGUCGUCAAUGAUUGUCCAGUUUGUAGAGGAACACUUUGUGGAAUCGUACUAUCCAACAAUCGAGAACCAGUUUAAUAAGACAAUCAAGAUUCGUGGCCAAGAGUAUAACGUCGAAAUUCUGGACACCGCGGGCCAGGAUGAGUUUAGUAUCAUCAACCAGAAGCAUUUGAUUGGCGUGGACGGAUUUAUUCUCGCCUACAGCGUCACGAAUCGGUCUACGUUUGAGAUGGUUUCAAUCAUUUACGACAAGAUCCUAAAUUAUUCUGGUGCCGACUCCGUACCGGCAGUUAUUGUUGGCAACAAGACUGAUCUUGAGCUUCAGCGCCAGGUGUCUGAGGAAGAAGGAAAGGCACUGGCCGAUGAGCUCAAAUGCGGCUUUACCGAAACCAGUGCCCGCCUCAACGAGCACGUCAGUAAGGCAUUCGAGCUGCUUGUAAUGGCCAUUGAGAAAAAGAACAAUCCUAAGGCAGUUCAAGAGGCGAAAGGUUGCACUAUCAUGUAG